GUUGAUAUAUAGAUUGACCGAACGUAUUGUAUUGGUGAAAGAGUUGGAGAGUGAAGAUGUUCGAUCCGGAUAUGUUCGAUACGCAUCAUCAUAUGCUUGAUAUGACCUUUAACACUUCAGAAAACGAAUUGGAGAAUGUUAGAGACGAUGAUUUUGAGGCCAAAUCGGGAGCUGAAAUGUUAGAGGAAGCUUGUGGGAGUGACCAACAACGCUCCAAGAAGAAGCGCUAUAAUCGCCAUACGCAGCACCAAAUCCAAGAAAUGGAAGCAUUCUUUAAGGAAUGUCCUCACCCAGAUGACAAGCAGAGAAUGGAGCUGAGCCGCGAGCUGGGUUUGGAGCCUUUGCAAGUCAAGUUUUGGUUCCAGAACAAGCGUACCCAAAUGAAGGCCCAACACGAAAGACAUGAAAAUGCAAUGUUAAAAGCCGAUAAUGAAAAGCUUCGAGCGGAGAAUAUUCGGUACAGAGAAGCAUUCGCCCAUUCAACAUGCCCCAACUGCGGAUCCUCCACAGCCCUCGGCGAAAUGUCCUUCGAAGAUCAACAUUUGCGUAUCGAGAAUUCCCGUCUGCGAGAUGAGAUCGACCGAAUGAACGGAUAUGCCCCAAAAUGUGGAAAGCCACUGCCUUCUUCCUAUUACCACCUCCCCUCCAACGCCCCCACGCGAUCUCUCGACUUGGGCAUCACAAAUUUCGGUCAACAGUCGUGUUUCGUCGGAGAAAUGUACGGAACCGCCGACUUUCUCCGCUCCAUUUCCAGACCUUCUGAAGCCGACAAGCCGGUCAUUGUGGAGUUGGCCGUUUCCGCUAUGGAUGAACUGACCCGGAUGGCUCAGGCUGGGGAACCCUUGUGGGUUCCGGGUGAUACCAAGUCCAGUGAAGUGGUGCUUAAUGAAUCCGAGUAUUUGACCAGUUUCCGAGGCGGAAUUGGGCCCAAAUCGUUGGGCUUGAGAACUGAAGCUUCGCGUGUUUCGGCUAUUGUGUUCAUGAACCACGUGAAGCUUGUGGAUAUUUUUAUGGAUGCCACGCAAUGGUCGACUGUGUUCUGUGGGAUUGUUUCGAGAGCAUCCACAGUGGAGGUUCUUUCCGCCGGCCUUCCUGGAAACUGCAACGGGGCCUUGCAUGUGAUGAGCGCUGAAUUCCAAGUCCCAUCGCCGCUGGUUCCGACUCGCGAAAACUACUUCGUAAGAUAUUGCAAACAGCACAGCGAUGGCACAUGGGCUGUGGCUGAUGUUUCCUUGGACACUUUGACCCCUUCUCCCAUCCCAAAGGGCCGACGGAGACCCUCUGGUUGUUUAAUUCAAGAAUUGCCCAACGGCUACUCUAAGAUCACUUGGGUGGAACAUGUAGAGGUCGACGAAACUGGCGUCCCUUCAAUGUAUAGACCGCUCGUUAAUUCAGGCCUCGCUUUUGGAGCUAAACGAUGGGUCGCUACGCUUGAUAGGCAGUGUGAACGUCUAGCCACUUCCAUGGCAACCACCAUAGCGACCGGCGAAUUACGCGUGAUGUCGAGUAUUGAGGGAAGGAAGAGUAUGUUGAAGCUGGCUGAAAGAAUGGUGACGAGCUUUUGCGCUGGCGUCGGCGCGUCCAGUAUACACGCUUGGACGGCUUUGCCGGCCGCCGGCAGUGAUGAUGUUCGUGUUGUGACGAGGAAAAGCACCGAUGAACCAGGGCGUCCACCUGGUGUUGUGCUUAGCGCGGCUACCUCUUUUUGGAUCCCUGUUUCUCCUAAGGUUGUGUUUGAUUUCCUUCGGAAAGAGAAAUCUCGAAGCGAGUGGGAUAUUCUGUCGAACAGGGGCUUGGUUCAGGAAAUGGCAAACAUAGCCAACGGCCGCCACUCUGGAAAUUGUGUCUCGUUGCUUCGUGUCAAUAGUGCAAAUUCGAGCCAGAGCAAUAUGCUGAUACUACAAGAGAGCUGCACCGAUUCCACAGGAUCAUACGUUGUUUAUGCUCCGGUGGACACUGUUGCAAUGAACGUGGUGCUAAGCGGUUGCGACCCGGAUUACGUGGCGCUUUUACCAUCGGGAUUCGCCAUACUUCCCGACGGACCCGCCGGCAGCAACGGCGGAGGAAUUCUGGAGGUGGGGUCCGGUGGGUCACUAAUCACUGUUGCAUUUCAAAUCCUGGUUGAUUCAGUUCCAACGGCGAGACUUUCAAUUGGAUCGGUUGCCACCGUUAACAGUCUGAUUAAGUGCACGGUUGAGAGGAUCAGAGCCGCUGUGAUGCGUGAAACCCAUGAUUAAAAAACUCUCCUUUUUAAGUUUAAGCAGUAGCAGAGGAAGAAGAGGAGUUGAGAAGUCAAGAACGCACCUUGAAAAGCACUUUCUGCAGCCUCGCACGGUGCUUUAGAGACGAACGGGAAGAGUUUGUAGGUCGGGAAAAACAGAGGAUUGAGCCCUGAAGGGUUAAGAUGAGGUUCGGGCAUUGACAACUCAACGAUUAGGAAGGUUUUUGUGGUUUUGUAAUUCUCUAUUUCUCUAGGUUUCCUUCUCAUUAGGUCGGUGGUGAAUAAUGUGUAGAGACUCCUAUGUUUCAUUCUCCUUUAUUGGUUGGAUUCACUCUGAAAAAUUCUUUGUUUGAGUUUUGAAUUUGUUUCCAUAUGAACAUCCCUCUCAAAAUGAUAGAUUCCAAUGUAUUGUUUGUGUGUUGAACUA